AUGCGAUGGGGGCAAUGGCGGCAAGUAGAGCAGAUCGUCGUGGGAGACAUCAACCUGCAUCACCCGCACUGGGGCGGCUUGACGACGGAAAGAGCAGACCUGGAGGCAGAAGAAACACUUCGGUUGAUUGAGGAAUACGAUCUCGCUGUCCUCUAUGAAGCAGGGACAGUCACUUACCGAGCCCGAGGUGCAGAAUCGACGAUCGACCUCUCCCUAGCCACGACCAGGCUUCAAGAUAGUCUCAUCCGCUGCCUUCCACAGGAAGACUUAGACCAUGAUUCAGACCACAUUCCCCUCGAGACAACCCUGAUUCUGUUAACCCGCGAGCGCACCUUUCCCGAAAGGUGGAACUGGGAACUCACAAACCGAGAACGACUCUGCCACAUCCUGGGGCAAAAUUGGUUACUUUGUGAAGUUGUCAACCAGAUUGCCAUUUCUCAUAGCGCAAAGGAAACAAUUUGGAAUUUCUUCUAA